GUCCCGACAGCCGGCCAGCAGGGAGAGCAACAGAGCACGGCCGGCGGCUGCGCAGACAGGGCCUCUCUGGCCCAAGAGGAAGAACCUAGAGAGACGACGACAGGAAGUUGCGGUGGCGCUCAGCCCUCCAGCCGCCAAGACUGAUCCGCGGUCUGUUGCUGGCCCGAGCCCGACUCCGCAGGCCACGCUGGCUGCGCAUGGAGCCGGGGACUCGCGCGGAGGCGAGAUGCUACCCGCCGAGGAGAUCGGCGAAGCGCCGGCAGCCCCGUGCUGCUCGGAAAGUGGUGAUGAAAGGAAGAACAUUGAGGAGAAAAGUGAUAUAAGUAUUGCAGUUCUAGUUGGAAGUGAACGAGUCAGCGAAGGUACAGAUAAUGGUGAUCUCCCUUCUUAUGUGUCUGCAUUCAUAGAAAAGGAAGUUGGAAAUGACCUUAAAUCUUUAAAGAAACUUGAUAAACUCAUAGAACAGAUGACAGAAAGUAAAAUGCAAUUAGAAGAACAGGUAUUUACAAUUUCAUCAGAAAUCCCUAAAAGAAUUCAGAGUGCCUUAAAAAAUGCAGAAGAAGCAAAGCAAUUCCUUAAUCAGUUUCUAGAGCAAGAAACUCAUCUCUUCAGCUCCAUUAACAGCCACUUGCUGACUGCACAGCCCUGGAUGGAUGAACUUGGGGCCAAGAUUGACCAAAUUGAAGAGAUCGAACGGCAUCUCGCUUACCUUAAGUGGAUUUCACAGAUUGAAGAACUAAGCGAUAACAUUCAGCAAUAUCUGAUGACCAACAAUGUACCAGAGGCAGCCUCUACUCUAGUGUCUAUGGCAGAACUUGACAUCAAGCUUCAGGAAUCAUCCUGUACUCAUCUUCUUGGUUUCAUGAGAGCCACAGUUAAAUUCUGGCAUAAAAUUCUCAAGGACAAACUUACAAGUGAUUUUGAAGAAAUUUUAGCACAGCUUCAUUGGCCAUUCAUUGCACCCCCUCAAUCUCAAACUGUUGGCUUAAGUCGACCUGCCAGUGCCCCUGAGAUGUACAGUAACCUGGAGACACUAUUUUGUCAGCUUCUGAAACUACAAACCUCAGAUGAAUUACUUACUGAGCCAAAACAACUCCCAGAAAAAUACUCUCUUCCUGCAUCCCCUUCUGUCAUCCUGCCCAUCCAGAUUAUGCUGACUCCCCUUCAGAAGAGGUUCAGAUACCAUUUCAGAGGGAACCGGCAGACUAAUGUUAUAAGCAAGCCUGAAUGGUACUUGGCUCAAAUACUUAUGUGGAUUGGAAACCAUACACAGUUUCUGGAUGAGAAGAUUCAGCCAAUAUUAGACAAAGUAGGCUCUUCAGUAAAUGCAAGGCUUGAAUUUUCUCGAGGCCUUAUGAUGCUGGUUCUUGAGAAAUUAGCUACCGAUAUUCCUUGUCUGCUGUAUGAUGACAGUCUCUUCUGUCAUUUGGUGGAUGAAGUGCUCUUAUUUGAAAGGGAACUACAUACUGUUCAUGGCUAUCCUGGCACUUUUGCUAAUUGUAUGCAUAUUCUAUCAGAGGAAACCUGCUUUCAGAGAUGGUUGACUGUGGAGAGAAAAUUUGCUCUUCAAAAAAUGGACUCAAUGCUUUCAUCAGAAGCUGCCUGGAUAUCCCAAUAUAAGGAUAUCACUGAUGUGGAUGAAAUGAAAGUUCCAGAUUGCGCAGAAACUUUUAUGACUCUACUCUUGGUUAUAACUGACAGGUAUAAAAAUCUUCCCACAGCUUCCCGAAAGUUGCAGUUCCUGGAAUUACAAAAGGACCUAGUAGACGAUUUUAGGAUACGAUUAACGCAGGUGAUGAAAGAAGAGACUAGAGCUUCCCUGGGCUUUCGAUACUGUGCAAUUCUUAAUGCUGUGAACUACAUCUCAACAGUACUAGCAGAUUGGGCUGACAAUGUUUUCUUUUUACAACUUCAACAGGCAGCGUUGGAGGUCUUCGCAGAGAAUAAUACUCUAAGUAAAUUGCAGCUGGGACAACUAGCCUCCAUGGAGAGCUCUGUCUUUGAUGACAUGAUUAACCUCUUAGAGCGUUUAAAGCAUGAUAUGUUGACCCGUCAAGUAGACCAUGUCUUUAGAGAAGUUAAAGAUGCUGCAAAAUUGUAUAAAAAAGAAAGGUAUAUCCUCUGUAUAAGUCAACUCUUAACACCAGUUUGGCAAAAAUUAAAGAUGGUACAUCAGCUUUGUUUCUCCUUAUUUAAAAUUUUCUGGCAAAUGCUUGUAGAGAAGCUGGAUAUAUACAUCUACCAAGAAAUAAUUCUUGCUAAUCACUUCAAUGAAGGAGGAGCAGCCCAGUUGCAGUUUGAUAUGACCCGCAAUCUUUUCCCUUUGUUUUCUCACUAUUGCAAGAGACCAGAAAAUUAUUUUAAACAUGUAAAAGAAGCCUGUAUUGUUUUGAAUUUGAAUAUUGGUUCUGCACUACUCCUGAAAGAUGUAUUGCAAUCAGCUUCAGGACAAAUUCCUACCACAGCAGCAUUAAAUGAAGUUGGAAUUUACAAACUUGCUCAACAAGAUGUUGAGAUUCUACUUAAUUUGAGGACAAACUGGCCUAACACUGGGAAAUAACAUGUCUUUCAGAAAAAGGAUUUUGUUUUUGUUUUUAAGACUGAGGGAGCUAAUUAGAUUUCAAGCUAUAUGAUGAAGUUCUGAAUUAAUGAAACUGGAAAGUUGAAAACUUUUUGGAAUCAUUUAUUAUCUUCGAUUUAUGAUGUUACUAAAAUGAGGAGAAUAUUUCCUGAGUCCUCCUGUUCCUAAGAAAACAAAAACAGAAAAUUCAGAAACCAUGAAAACUCAGAGUAAUUCCAUGUACAAAUAUAAAUGCUGAAUGUGUCUGUUGAAGAAAAUACAAGAGCAGAGAUAAUAAAUUAUAACCAUCUUUCAAUUUCCUGUGC